AUGGUGCUAGAGGCUGAGCCCUCUCAAUUCUCCUGCUCUGCCCGAGCGGUGGCUGCCGCAACACCACAGCCUCUCUGCCAGGCUACCAAGCCGGCCGCCUCUGCCAAGUGCAGGGAUCUUGGUGGCGGAGCGGAGAGACAUCUGUGGAUGAACCUGGCAGAACAUCCGGAAGAAAGAAAAUUUCUCGAUGCUCAUUCGCCUUCUGACUUUUCGGUUAUUUUUGUUACGGUGAUCGGAGAAGUUUUGGAGACGAAGGUCUCGCUGCUUUCCAGAUCCUUCGUGCCACGAAGGUCAGGUGCUGAGCCCGUAGGGGUCCUGGCCUGUUUUGAGGAUCCAAAGACGGGCACAGAAUUUGUCGCUACUCACUCUUCCCUCGCCCCAACUGCGGGCACAGGCCGAGAGGUGGUCUACGUCCAUAGAGGUGAGCUGUUGGUUUCUGAUGUGGGGUGUGCUAAAUGUCUGUUGGAGACGUAUGUCAAGCGGAGCCUCAGCCUGAAUGAAGGAUGCAGGAAACAUCAGCUAAAUAAACACAAAUGGCUUAAACCAGACAGGCAGUCCAGACGGGCGUCCAGUGACACCUCCACCCAGCGUUUGAGAGUAGAGAGGCUCCUGAAGACCAGCGAGUGCCCUGAAUGCACAACACCAGAACUUGUCACUAGGAGAAAGAGCACCAAAGCACCAAACAGAACCAAAUCAUUCUUCAGAGGCUUUCUCCACCUCUUCUCUAAGAAGAAGACCGAGCCCAAAGUGAAAGAUGAGCGAGUUACAGAAACAGACUCUGGACAACAUAUGAUAGAACGGGGGCUUCGCUCUUCUCAGAAAGGCUCAUCUGGCCUCAGUGUGAGGAAAAAACACUCUCUGAGAAGGAUCUUCUUUAGCAAUCAAAAUGAUGAGAAAAGAGAGUCCCUGCAAAAGGACUCCUCUCGUGUUCGUGGAGGCGUGGAGGGGCUUUCAGACGUGAGCGUGGACUCUGAUAAUACAUACUUUGAGAAGGUGUCAGAAGAACUGGAGUUGAUUGUGAAGGAGAUUCAGUUCAGUCCAAAAGAAGAUGCUCCGCUUCUCUCUUCUGCUUCUGCAAGAGACUGCAGCUCUUCAGGUGAUGACACUACAGAGAGGAUUACCAGCCUGCUGAAGCAACAUGGGGAUAUUAUUGAUCAGAAAAUAAGCAGGAACAAGAGUGUCCAAGACUUCCUCCAGAAACUGUCUUACAGCUCCUUCCAGCAGCUGGCUGAUCGCUACAUAGCGCAGAUCCCCAGUCCUCUUCCCCAGACCACAGACGCCUCCCCUGAGCUGGUCAGACUCGCCUUCACCCUGGACUUUACCGCCAAAGUGGCUGGAUUGUGCAGCCAGACAGUCGGUCGGAUCAUGGGGUUUGGUAACCAGUACCUUCAGGAUUCCUUCACACAAAUGUGUGCAGCCCACAGACAGGUGCCAGAAGAUUUGGAAGAACAGAGUACAAGUGAUACAGACUGACUGUGAAGUCAAAAACGACAAAAAAAAAAAAAGAUAAAAAGUGCAAUAGAGUUAACUCAGGGGGGGGGGGAAACUGAUGUAUUUGUAGCUGCUUUUGUGAAUAAGCCAAAUUUAGUAGUUUGUUUAUACUAUAAGUUUACAGUGACUGACUGUGAAAAUUACAACAGUUGAACCUGAUACUAAAACUGUGAAUAAUA